AUGACUCCCAUCUCCCUCAAAGCAGUCGGUGGCGCCGCAGCCGUAUACCUGUUGGGUCAGCAGAUUCAAUGCCCCUUUGUUGCCAUUCCUCUUAUCGGCGAUGCUGUUGCCAUGACCGUCGCCCAAGUAGGCUCAGCUGCAGCUAGUUUCGGCGGUGCAAUUGCUGCCGCGCAUUUUGCCAAAGCCAGGGAUCUAGAGGGGCGUGACACCCAAAUUACCGCCCCGCCUGGAGUGCCUCAGUACAACUUCGAUAUGUGCGCCGAGAGCUUGUCCGACCCGUCGGUCACGGUCACUGUUAAUGGUCCUGUUGAGAACAAUGGUAUCAAAAUUGACGGUCUGCCUUCUACCUGCAUGGUUCUUUCAACCGUUUUCGACGGUAACGCAGCCGGUGGUGCGGUGCCGACUCCCUGUGGCUCUGCAUGCCUUCUGUACAACAACCUGAACCAGGAUGAGUAUGGACAGAUGCAAUCCACCUUCAACAAAUUGCAGAAUCUAUAG